AUGCUAACUCGUGCAAGAAUAGCGCUUGCAAGGACACAAAAAAUGGAAGUGCCUGUGAAAAAUCUUGUGAACCUCCAGCACAUCUACACUGAGAAACCUGGGGCUUGUCCAAAAAUAAAAACCCAGUCCAAUUAUGAGUGUACUGCCCUCUGUCACCUGGACGGAGAUUGUCCUGAGACCGAAAAGUGCUGUUCUUAUGGCUGCAGCAGGCAGUGUGUCCUGCCGAAAGGACGAAAUCCGCGAUUGCUACCAAUACCGGGCUCCAUCUCUGUCCAAGAAAGGAAGAGGAAACGCUCAAUUAUUAUACGCUGGGUGAUGCAGAAGCUCACUCGAGAGCAAAAUGCUGCCAAUUCAAAUCUGCAUGUGGUGCAGUGGCGGUGGGGUCUACACCCUGAAGGCGAAAGUAUGACGGAAUGGCAAACGGUCACUGUGAGGAACAAGCCAUAUGCAAUAUUGAAACAUCUGCUCUCACCUGGACGGUACUAUGAGUUCCGUGUGGGAGCUGUAAGCAUCCAUGGCAGCCUUGGAUUCAGCCAGCCUUCACAGCCUUUCAAACUCUCCAAAGGUUUAUGGGAUCAAAUAGUGCAGUGGACCCCACCCACAAGCGAUCUACCCAUCAAGAGUUAUCAGUUGUCCUGGGCUGUGUGGUCACCUUCCGAAGCCAUUGCAUUCGAGGAGAUGAUGCGACGUCGAGCCACACUCACAACUCAUGAAAAGCGAAGUCUUGAUGAGGAAGAGGAAGCGUGGGGCAUUGACGGACGGGACAGGCAUUCCGUAAUUGUUCCAAGCCAUACUACUCAGUCGGAACUGUCAGGACUGUUUCCGAACUCCGUCUAUAUCGUUGAGAUGACCGUUAACUGGAUCAACUCUCGGGCCUGCUCACCGGAAAAGAAAACAUUCGUGGUGACAGUAAAGCGCGGUACUUGUCGAGAAUAUCAGUUGAAUCAACAUGUGGAUACACCAGUACAAGAAUUACAAGUCGGUGAGUGCUCUGCGGCCAUAGGGGGCUUGACGUUUGAUUGCGACUAUACGCUGGAAAUCGCGGAAGAGGAGAAUAAGAGGACGGUGAUCAGCACUUCCUUCUCAACCAAGUCUUGCGAUGUCACUCCCGCUCAGGGAGCUUUGCCAUGUCUCUCUCUAGCCACUCCCCUUUUCUGUAUAGUCCAUGCUACCGUAUCCUGCCAUUGGGUACGAGAUCGGGGAACAAAUGCAGAUACCGUAAUUGGGUACCGGGCUGCAUUGUCGUCACCAAUUCGUGAUGACGCGAAUAUCACGAUUCUACCCCCACAGACAAGAGAGGUGCAUUAUGAGAAUUUGGUACCAUCUACGAUGUAUACUCUGCAAAUUCAACCUAUCACAAAUCGAGGUAUGGGAAAGACACUGUCGACCAAUUUUGUCACGCAUUCGAAAAUCCUCGACGAAAACGUUAUCGAGCGGUUUCCUGGUGGAGAAAUUAUUGAAUUACCCUUGGAAGCCUCAGCUAUGUCACUGCCACUCUUUUCCACCUUUAUUCUGUUCUUUUCACUUACUGUGCUGUUGUAA